AUGAGACUUUCCUUGAGCCUUUUGCGCCAACAUCAAAACAAACUCGCUGUUUCCAAACGACAACCUAGCCCGUUUCGCCUCCUCCUCUCUCUCCAACAACCACGAUAUCUUCACACCGGUGACGAUGCAAAGCCAGACGAAUCAACACCGAUCAACAGCGACAUUGCUGCCGAGGAGGGCAUAGAAGCCCACGGCUCUGUCGAUACCAGCAACGAAGUGACACCAAUUGUAGACGACUCGAUCAAAAGCAGUGACGAUGUUACUAGGGACCAAGACGUCGGUGAUGGUGAUGGUGAUGGUGAUGCCUCGACCCCAGAUCCCAUUAUCUUAUCCUCAGACCCAAGAGACGAACCCAAGGUUAAAGCAAGGCCAUGGACCGAGGAGGACUUGGCUCACCUCGAAGGAUUCAUCAGACGGCCAUAUUUCAGUGUCCUCUACAUUGCGAAGCGGAUGGACCGACGUUUUGAAAGUGUCAUGGACCAGCUCAAGCAAAUGGAGGAACAGAAGGGAAUCAAGCUAUUGAACCGAAGUUGGCACCAAACUCCAUGGCAACAUACAAUGGAUGCUACCCCAGAGCAAGACGCAAUUUUCGAGGCGAAGCACGAGGAAGUGCAAAAGCGUAUGGAACACAUUGUCGAAACACUCAUGACCUUGCCAAAAACGGACCAGUGGGAGGAAAUUCUCAAGCUGAAAUCUGCCUCGGAAUGGGCAUCAGCCAUCAUGAAACUAAUACCACUACGAGUCUGGCACAUCUUGGCCGGCGACAACCCGCCGUCCGAGAAGGAAUACGGGACCAUACCAAUGGCUGAUCCGUAUAACACGUUUGGAUUGUUCGCCCAAAUCUACCAACGCAGGUUAUACAUAGGCUUCGCUGACAAACCAUUUGGCCUGAUGGGGCCCAAAGCCGCAAAAAACAAGCCGAUCAAGCGCCAUGGAUUGGUAGUCCCGUUGAUUCCAGUGUCUUCAGCGAUGCUUAAGCAGCUUACCCACAAGGAAAACGUUGAGCAGAGGUAUACACUUGGACUUGCCAGGGCAGCGCUCGCGGCAUGGCUUGGGGCAUAUCAGUUCGAGGUAUCUCCUACUCUCCGCCAAUUGUAUGCCUGGUGGGAGAAGGAUGUACAUCCGGGCUUACACCAUUUUGGCUUGAUUUUUGGUAACCCACUUGAGAGGAGACUCAUUCUCCCGCUGACACCAGAGGCACGUGCUGCUAGAAGGGUCAAACAUCAGGCUGAGGCGUUGGAAGGUGAGGGAGAGAAGACAGUGAAGGAAGUGAUGUCGUCACGGAGAGAAAGUUCUACUAAGAAGCGAGCUUCUGAUGCUUGGGGGGCAUUCUGA